AGCUCAUUCAGUCAGCUGACGUUGUUUGUGAUGGUUAUUUGGUUGCGGUAAAUUUUCAUAUUGAUUUUGUGUAGUUGUUGUGUGCUUUUUUAGUGUUGUCGCACAUACAUACAUACGUUGUGGUCCAAAAGCAAUAGUGAAUAAAGUAACAAAUUCUAGCUGGAUCGUGUAGGGGACACAAAUAAAUAAUUAAAACUCGCAAAAGAUCGAAAAAUAUCAACAAAUAAAAACAUAAUUAUUUAUUUCCGGUUGUUAAGCAAUCACUUCAAGAGUAUACAUAAGAUACAGUUUCUAGCACUGCGAAUUCUGUUAACUCAGCUGAAAUAUAGAGGAACUUAGAAGACAAAGCGAUGAAGAUGGGUUCACCAGCCGUCAAGCAACACAAGCGGGCAAGCAAAUCGUCCAAUUCCUCACGGGUCAGUAUGACAACCUCCCAGGCGGAGGAGAACUUCGUUGAAUCGAAGCUCUUUAGUUGGAUGAGACUUUUCCGUUUUGCAUCUUUACUUUGCCGUGCUGAAUAAUUCAGUUACACAUGAAGAUUAUGAAUAAUCCAUUUGGUGGUGGCCUCUGUGCCGCAUACAGCUGUGAGAGGAAUAAGAAAGUAGGGAGUACACAAUAAAAAAUACGUAGCCAUAAAGUUGCAAUUAAUUUAUGCUCGGAUACCUAUCCCGAAUAAAUCACACAAUAUAUUCUAUACACACACAAAGGAAAUAGCCACCCUAUCCAUUCUACUUAAAUAUAGAAAAAUUUGUGAAAUUUGUUCAAAACAAAGUAAUGUUGGAGUUGGAGAUAUAUAGGUAUACAUAUGUACCUAUGUAUGUAUGUACUCGUAUGUGUUAUAGUUUAAAAUUGUUAGUUCGCCGUAAGUAAAAUGUUGAUGAAAUUCGUGACACUAGAUUUAUUAAAUAAAUUAGAUACAAAUACAAAUUUACAUAAUUUAUCGAAAAUAAUUACGUCUACUAGCGCUUCUAAUGUACCUUAAUUACGAGUACUGAACAAUUUUUGUUAAAAGUUUCAAUGAUUCAAUUUUUGCGAACUUAUUGAACACAUACUUGCAUUUGAUGUUAGUUCGUAGUAACAAAUUAUGAAACAAUGAAACAAACCAAAAACCUUAGUGAAUUAAAUAAAUUAAAUUAUAUUGUUGUCUCGAAAGACUUUGUUGAAAGAAAUUGUUAUAAAUCCAAUUAAUAAAUGCAAACUUACAAACUCCUCUUCUGAAUGUAUCGAAGUAAGUAUUAAUAAGUGACUAGUCCCUCUGAAGAGGCAAAACCUAAAACCAAAUUAGCACACAGAACCAUAAAUACAUAUGUAUGUUAAAAUAAUGAAAUGCACACUUCGGCCUUUGGCAACAAGAAUAAAUAAAAGUAACUCAAAAGUUAUGUACGUACAUGCAUAAAUUAACCUCAAACGUAAACCACAAUGCAAUAUUAAGGAUCACAAAAGUUGUCAAACAAAAGACAUCCGAAAAAAGUCAAGAAGUCGCAAGAACUAUAGCAAUUGGAAUAAAAUGCCACAAAUUCAAUAUACGAGAUUAUUACCAGUGGACAUAUGUAUGUAUGUAUGUAGAAUUGAGAACUUAAAACAUUAUGUAGCUUUGCAUCGCAUCUCAAGAGAGAUUGAUGGCUAAUGUUUAGCUUUUAAAUGCGGCUUAGUGUAAAUUAAAUAGUCUAUUAAAUUAUUACCUGAAUACUUAAAAACAAGAGCAAUCAAAUAAAUGCAUUCAAACAACUGAGAAAGCUUAA